GCCCCGGGGCGGCCCCAGCGCGGUGGUCCGGGCCCAGCUGCGCCAGAGCCCGCGCGAUGGAGCCCCGGCCGCGGCGGCGGCGCAGGAGUCGCCCCCUGGUCGCCGCCUUCCUGCGAGACCCGGGCUCGGGCCGCGUGUACAGGCGCGGGAAGCUGAUCGGCAAGGGCGCCUUCAGCCGCUGCUACAAGCUGACAGACCUGUCCACCAGCGCUGUGUUCACCCUCAAGGUGGUGCCAUGUGGCGGGGCUGGGGCCGGGUGGCUUCGCCCACGGGGAAAGGUGGAGCGUGAGAUUGCCCUGCAUAGCCGCCUGCGACACCGCAACAUCGUGGCCUUCCACGGACACUUUGCUGACCGCGACCACGUGUACAUGGUGCUGGAGUACUGCAGCCGCCAGUCUUUGGCCCACGUGCUGCGGGCACGGCAGACCCUGACAGAGCCAGAGGUGCGCUACUACCUGCGGGGCCUGGUCAGCGGCCUGCGCUACCUGCACCAGCGGCGCAUCGUGCACCGUGACCUGAAGCUCAGUAACUUCUUCCUUAACAAGAACAUGGAGGUGAAGAUUGGAGACCUGGGACUGGCGGCCAAGGUGGGGCCAGGGGGCCGCUGCCACGGAGUACUCUGUGGGACCCCUAACUUCCUGGCCCCUGAGGUUAUCUCCAGAAAUGGUCACUCCUGCCAGUCGGACAUCUGGGCUCUGGGCUGCCUCAUGUACACGGUGCUGACCGGCACCCCGCCCUUCAUGGCCUCACCCCUGUCGGAGAUGUACCAAAACAUCCGUGAGGGCCACUACCCCGAACCCGCUCAUCUGUCUGCCAAUGCGCGCCGCCUCAUUGCGCACCUCCUAGCACCCAACCCGGCUGAGCGGCCCAGCCUGGACCACCUGCUGCAGGAUGACUUCUUCACACAGGGUUUCACUCCAGACCGGCUGCCGGCCCACUCCUGCCACAGUCCCCCCAUCUUUGCCAUACCCCCGCCUCUGGGCAGGAUCUUCCGGAAGGUGGGCCAGCGGCUGCUCACCCAGUGCCGAACACCCUGCCCCUUCACACCUAAAGAGGCCUCGGGUCCAGGAGAAGGUGGGCCAGACCCUGACUCCAUGGAGUGGCACAGCGAGAGCUCCCUGUCUGCGAAAGAGGUUCCCUGCCUGGAAGGCCCCAUCCACCUGGUCGCACAAGGGACCCUGCAGAGUGACCUGGCUGGGCCCGAGGGGAGCCGGUGGCCAGAGGUGGAGGCGGCCCUCAGACACCUGCAGCUGUGCCUGGACGUAGGCCCCCUGGCCACACAGGACCCCCUGGGAGAGCAGCAGCCCAUCCUCUGGGCCCCCAAAUGGGUGGAUUAUUCCAGCAAAUACGGCUUUGGCUACCAGCUCUCGGACGGGGGCUGGUGUUCUGCUUCGGGACGGCACCCACAUGGCCCUGCGACCCCCCGGAGGGAGGGGACCCUCCCCACACCUGUGCCACCUGCUGGACCCGGCCUCUGCCUCCUGCGCUUCCUGGCCUCUGAGCAAGCCCUGCUGCUGCUGUUCAGUGAUGGGAUGGUGCAGAUGAGCUUCAGUGGAGUCCCGGCCCAACUGGUGCUGAGUGGCGAGGGUGAGGGUUUGCAGCUCACCCUCUGGGAGCAGGGCUCCCCUGGCACCUCCUACUCCCUGGACGUCCUGCGGAGCCAUGGCUGCGCCCCCACCACCCGACAGCGCCUUCACCACGCCCUCCACAUGCUGCAGAGUAUCUAGUGCCCCUGAGGGUCAGAGUGGACCCCUGCAAGGUAGUGCCAGGGACCCAGGCUCCAUUUCCAUUCGUGUGGCUCCCCUAGAGGGGCUGUCCUGGGGGAGAGCUGGGGGGCAUGCGGCAGGUGGGUUCUUGCCUUGUGGCACGACUGUUCAACCCAGACUUUGCUGGGAUCUCUUCCUUUUUCAUUAAAGACAAUUUGAA